UUGGUGACACCUGUGUUCCUUUCUUUUACGUUCAUAUUUCAGUUCCAAGAUCGCUUGUCGUACAUAGACAAACGCUAUGAUCACCUGCGACGGCUUACGCAGACCCUUAAAAAGAAGAUCAACGACCUGGAGGAUAUCAUGCGACUGGACAACGAUGAGGAGAAUAUGGAGCAAAUCAAAAGGUUGAUCGAAGAAAUCAAGCGAGAGAAACAACUGAUGCGCGAUGAGGCGCAUAUCAUUCGUGGAGAACUUUCACAGGCAAUGUACAAUGAGGAUCUCAGAUCGCAUUUGCUGAACUUCAUUGCUGAAUUUGAAGAUACUUGGCACGAGACGCCAAAGAAAAGAAUGACUGGUGAGUAUCGUGAGGAACAGGAAGAGCUUGAACGACGACGACAAAGUACCAGUCAAGGAGAGGAUGACAUCUACACACCAUCAUCCAGUGACGAUCAAACCUACAGGGAGACGAGUUUCUAA